AUGUUUAAUAGAAGUAGUAUUAAGAACGGGAUCGUUCCUGUUUCUAAGUCAUUUCAAAGAAAUGUUGCCAUGAAAGGUGAUGUCCAUUUAUCCAAUAGAAGAGUAAUGAGAAAGAUUAGGCUCGGUAAAGCAAGACCUGCGAUUUUCCACCAAUUUGAAACAUUGGUAGAGCUUAGUGACGGCUCAGUUAUUAAAAGAAGAUCUCAAGCACCUAAAGAUGAAAUAAGAAUGAUUAACGAUCAAAGAAAUAGUACAUUAUGGAACCCACACAGAUCCGAUUUGGCCAGCAUCAAUCCGAAUGCUACAGGUAAAGUUAACAAAUUCAAACAAAGAUUUGCUUCGUUUGAGCAAAAAGAGGAACAAGACGCGGCUGGUAUACAAUCUGAAAGUGUUGUUGAUGGCGAGAACAAUCAGGCAAAAACAAAGCAUGAUGAUUAUAUUGAAUUAAUGGGCCAUAAUGUAGAAGAGGUUAAGGGCGGAAAGUUGUUAGACAAGAAGUCAAAUAAGAAAAAGAAAUGA